UCCCUUUUAGGAUAUCGAGUGGUCUACAUUUCAUGUAACUAUUUAUUUCACUGCGGCCGUCAACUAGUAUUUUCUGCCUUGGUCGGUCAUCAUGCCUUCGGUUUUAUCGACUCUGCUGCGUAUUCACGAAUGUACGUGUGCUGAUGUGGGACACACAUGGCACCCGUCUUGCUUUGCGGCAUCUGCUGAAAUCUUUCUUGACGUGAUGAGAGUAUGUCCAGGAAUCUAUCCGCCGCUGUAUCUGAUUGCCAUGAUCUUGCGAGGAAAGGGUAUUGAGCACUUGCCGCGCACGCUGAUGGAUUCGUUCCGCUCGUCCAUCUUUCUAGCCCUCAAUGGCUUUGGAUUCGUCACUUCCUACUGCGCCUUAACAAAGCUGCAAGGCGGUCAAAACUACUUUAGCUCCUUUAUACCUGGGUUCUGUGGGGGCAUGAUGGCCAUUCUGGCAGAGCGCAAAUCAAGGCGGAGUGUGCUGGGCUUGUACACAUCACAGAUGGCAGUUGACUUUAUAUUUCACCAGCUGAAGUUCAGAGGAAUUACCAACGGUAUUGCGUCUGGAGAGGUGUAUCUCUUCAGUGUGAUGGCAGCCUUGAUGAUGUGUAUGUACAGACAUGGUGCAGUGUCUCGUAGUGGUUUUAUGGGCUCUAUUACACGAUUCCUAAUGUGGGAGAACCAGUCAGGAAAUGGAGAAAGCCGAUCAGAAGCGCCAGCUGGUCGUAGCCUCAAUGAAAGCAUGUACCGACAGAGCGUUGAAACCUUGAGACAGUUCUACCAAAAAUGGAGUAGAGUAGUGUGUGCCAGGCUACCCCGUCACCCUCUGACUAAGCCGCUGUUCAACAGUGUGGAGGUUGGCAUGCGUGGAUUUCUUCUUGGCUAUGGCCUGCAGACAGCUCUGGCACUGCUUGGAAACCUCCGCUCUGUUCUCAAAACCCCAGGUACAACACUAUCACGUGUCUUUGCCAAUAAGAACUCAGCCAUGUUUGGUUGCUUCCUUGGUGGAUUUGUUGGAGUCUAUAAGGCUCUCCUGGUUCUUCUCCAUGGACUGCGAGGCAAGGACGAUCCCAUCAAUACCGCCAUUGCAGGUGCUAUUGGAGGUCUAGCUAUGUUCUUCUUUCCCUCACCGUCCAUUGCUACGAAUCUGGGCAGCAAGGUUGUGGAGAUGAUGUACUUGGAGCUGAACCACGCUGGCAAGUUACCAAGCUACUACUACUUUGACUGUCUGAUGUACGCGUUCACCUUUGGCAUCUUGACACAUGGCGCCAACAUGGAGCCACACAACAUGCGCCAGUCCUACUACAAGUUCCUGGUUUACAUCACUGGGGGAAAAUGGGGUGAAGUCGAUCACUAUUUCUAUGAUCGGUUUGGAACGCAGGCGUCCUACUUGAAGCGUCACAACUCCAUGCCAAGGAUCCGGUGAGCACCAGCAACUGGCAAUAGUUGAAAAUAAUUGCCUGAGAUGCUGCACUGCCCCUGCCCUGCCGGCUUGCGGCUUGACCCGAUGCUUAUGGUAAUGGUGGUGGUGUUGUGCUGUCGUCGAUGUACUUUCCUGGUGAGUGUUCAUGAUGGCCUUAACUGUCCAGUCAUCACGUAUGUGUGACAUGGAAUUGAAGCAAGUCUGGACUGUCUGCGGCGGCAGUGGCGAGGAGAUCGUCCCCUUGCAGUCUGCAUCAGACUGCCCUUGAACUUCCAAGAAGCAACGCCGAGCAUGUAUGAUGGCAACCGUCCUGUGCUGCCAGCAGACCCGGAAGAUGCCUUGAUCAGUGAGAGGUAGGUGUGCCGUAAACGGCUGUGUGCACUUGGCUGGUUGGACUUGCUGUCGCAAAGUCCUCCAGUAUUGCACUUGCUCAACUUCCCCUACCCGUGCACGUUUCCUUUCACGUGUUCACUCACAAAGAAGACUAGCGGUAUGUUGGGCAAAUGAGAACGAUGGAUAGAGAUUUGGGUAUGUGUACGUGCAUACACGUAUGGACAACGGUCGCUUGCGACUGACUGUGCUUUGUGCUUCUGCACACCACUAGACAGCGCAGCACACCGCUGGACACUAGCUCACUGACUUGCUGGUCGUAGUGUUUUUGCAGUGAAUGUCCGGCCACCACAACCUGAUUUCUUCGUGGUAGCACUGGACACAGGUUGCCUUUAGUUCCUUGAUCACAUUCAGAUCUGGUUUACAUGUAUUUAUCAUUGUCAUGCAUGUAGGUUUAUUUAUUCUUGGCAGAUUUUGGCUGUUUCUUAUCAUAAUUUAUAGUUAUUUCACCAAAAUCGCACCUCAUUGAAAUAUGAAUAUUCAUUAGUUGAGGGUGCUGAAAAGGCAAUGGGAUCAUUAAAAUUUGCUUUCUGGAGUGUGUGUCAUUUAUCAGCUGACAGACAUUCCCUGUUACUCGUACACGCUGUCUGCUCUACCUAUUUGAGAUCUAUAGCUGUUAUGGCUGUUCGCCUCUGUG